AUGGCCAUUUAUUCCUUUUGGAUAUUCGACAGACACUGUAAUUGUAUUUUUGACAGAGAAUGGACAUUAAAGGCGGAUAGUUCUAGUGGAACUACAAACUCGAAGCAAAAUGAGGACACUGCAAAGUUAAUAUAUGGUAUGAUUUAUUCCCUUCAGUCAAUUUCUAGGAGAAUAUCAUCUUCAACAAACUCAGUGAAAACAAUAUCUACUGGUAAGUACAGAAUACACCUACUGCCCACAACUACAGGGAUUUGGUUUGUUUUGUUCAGUGAUCUAAAGCAACAGGAUUUAUCACAAGUAUUACAGUAUUUGUAUGGAGAGAUCUAUGUAAGAUAUGUGGCCAGGAAUAUGUUAUCACCGGUUGAUUUUGCAGAGAGUACCAACGAGACUAGGGGUCAAGGGUUCAGAAAAAUCAAUAACAGGAACUUCAUUCGAGCGGUAGAUCGCUUUCUUGGCCCAAUGGUGAGCCAACUAUAA